CAGACUCUCAGUGUGAACUGAUAAGAGACAGAUAGAGAGAUAGACAGAGAGACCGAGAUAGAGAGCUAACUGUCUUCACUCAUCAUUCACAGACAAGCAGCAUUUCAAGGCUAAUAGAGCAUCAACCCCUCAACCCUCUACAGCUCCCUUCACACACUGACUGAUGGACACAAACCUGUCGUUGCCCCUUUAAGACAGCACACAACCCCUUUAAAGAUGGGCCUGCCCUAUCUCUGCCUAUUGGUCUUCCUAUUCGCUCACUCCACAGCCAACCAGAGCCCUUCCAAAGCGGCCAAUCCAAAUCCUGCCCUGACAAAACAAAAUGCCCCUCCCACCUCUUCAGACAAAAAGCAGCAAGCCCCUCCCCCAUCCAACUCCAGUGGCAGGGCGGCCCGGGAGAGCCCCGCCCCACUGACCCUGACCCUACAGCUGAUUGGAGAGUGCGGAGGGAAGGUGGAGGAGGAGGGAGGAGCCUCUGUGACUCACUCCCUGGAUCCAGCCUCGCCCCUGGUCCUCACUCACAGGAUCAGGCUGGCCCCCUCGUGCCACUGCGACCCAGCCGACACCGCCGCCCUGACCCAGCGAAUCACAGCCCUGGAGAGCCAGAUCUCAGAGCUGAGGGAGCGCUGUGGGGGAGGGGCUGCCGGGAGCUGCUGUGCGCAGCAGGACCUGGCUGCUACAGGCUCUCGCGGUGUCCAGUCUGUCUGCUCCGGUCACGGUACCUUUGAGUCGGGAUCUUGUCGCUGUGAGUGUGAGCCUGGCUGGAGCGGCCCCCUCUGUGCUGACCGGCACUGCCCUGCAGACUGCAGUGACCAGGGGCGCUGCGUGGAUGGGCGGUGCAUCUGCUUCCCAGGGUACACCGGGGCAGACUGCGGGCAGGCCGGCUGUCCCAGGAAUUGCACAGGCAGGGGGCGCUGCGUGGAGGACAAGUGCAUCUGCAAUACCGGCUUCACUGGAGAGGACUGCAGCAGCAAAACUUGUCCUGGAAACUGCCAGAACAGAGGGAGGUGUGUGAACGGGAAGUGCCUGUGCAAUGAGGGCUUCACUGGAGAGGACUGCAGCAGCAAAACCUGUCCUGGAAACUGCCAGAACAGAGGGAAGUGUGUGAACGGGAAGUGUGUGUGCAAUGAGGGCUUCACUGGAGAGGACUGCAGCAGCAAAACCUGUCCUGGAAACUGCCAGAACAGAGGGAGGUGUGUGAACGGGAAGUGCCUGUGCAAUGAGGGCUUCACUGGAGAGGACUGCAGCAGCAAAACCUGUCCUGGAAACUGCCAGAACAGAGGAAGGUGUGUGAACGGGAAGUGCCUGUGCAGUGAGGGCUUCACUGGAGAGGACUGCAGCAGCAAAACCUGUCCUGGAAACUGCCAGAACAGAGGAAGGUGUGUGAACGGGAAGUGCCUGUGCAAUGAGGGCUUCACUGGAGAGGACUGCAGCAGCAAAACCUGUCCUGGAAACUGCCAGAACAGAGGGAGGUGUGUGAACGGGAAGUGUGUGUGCAAUGAGGGCUUCACUGGAGAGGACUGCAGCAGCAAAACCUGUCCUGGAAACUGCCAGAACAGAGGGAGGUGUGUGAACGGGAAGUGCCUGUGCAAUGAGGGCUUCACUGGAGAGGACUGCAGCAGCAAAACCUGUCCUGGAAACUGCCAGAACAGAGGAAGGUGUGUGAACGGGAAGUGCCUGUGCAGUGAGGGCUUCACUGGAGAGGACUGCAGCAGCAAAACCUGUCCUGGAAACUGCCAGAACAGAGGGAGGUGUGUGAACGGGAUGUGCGUUUGCGAGGAAGGCUUUACAGGUGAAGACUGCUCCGUGCUGGCCUGCCCUGAGAACUGCAGCAGCAGGGGGCGCUGUGUGAAGGGCCGUUGCGUGUGCCGGCGUGGCUUCACUGGUCCGGACUGCGGGGAAACAGCCUGUCCUGUGAACUGCAAUGACAGGGGGCGCUGCGUGAAGGGGGUGUGCCUCUGUGACCCCCGGUUCACCGGUGAAGCGUGUGACAUGCGCGUGUGCCCCCGAGACUGCAGCCAGAGAGGAAGGUGUGAGAACGGGGCCUGUGUGUGCCAACAGGGCUUCACAGGAAAAGACUGCUCCCUGGAGCUCCCCUCUGUCUCUGGGCUCCGCACUCUCAAUGUCUCGGACUCCUCGGUUUUGGUUCAGUGGAAUCGACCGGAUGUCCAGAUCGAUGGAUAUGAGAUCAGCUUCCAGACCACGAAGGAGGAUGAUGAGAAGCUGACCUCACGGCUGGUGGGCGGGGUCUCCAGCUAUACUCAGACAGGACUGGCUCCCGGGCAGGAGUACCGAGUGACUCUGAGAUCCGAGCGCAACCAGGAGCUGGGACCAGAGGCCUCUAUUGACUUCACAACAUUGAUCGGAGGCCCCAAGAACCUGCGUGUCAUCAAGGCGACGGGGGGCGAGGUGGUGGUCCAAUGGGAUCGCUCAGUUUCCAGUGUGGAUCGAUACCGCCUCUCCUUCAUCCCGAGCGAGGGGGAGGGGCGUGGAGGAGACAUGGACCUGCCCCCCCAGAGAGACUCCGCCCACCUCACCGGCCUGGUCCCGGGGCGACAGUACAACAUCACACUGGUGGCUGAGAAGGGGCGGAGUCGCAGCGUGCCUGCCAGGACACAGGCCACGGCCGCAGGGUCGAUAGCUGAUGACCGAUUGACCGAUCCGGCUAUGGAAAUGGUUACCAAGGAAACCCAAGGACCCCUCAAAAGAAAGCUGGUGAUCCCCAAAGCCAACAGAACCUCAACUACGCCCCCCAGUGGAAAGAAGGUCCUCCAACAAAGACCCCCAACGAAAGCGGUCAAGAAAUGGGUCCUACCCGGGAUCAAAGCUCAGGGGCCAGGGACGGUCAUUGCUUCCUCUCCCAGGGGAGAGUUGAAUGGCACCAGCAGCAAAGAUUUGGGGAAAUUCCAGACAGAUAGUUCUACUUUGGAGAAUGCUGAGACUGAAUCUGGAAAAAUACCUGGAAAAAUCUCACAGGUGAAUCUAAAUGGUUCUUUACCGGCUGUAACCAAAAUCAAGGAAGAGCCAUCCACUCAGUACAAGAGCAAAGAAACACCAUCUGAUAAGGAAACACCAGGACCCACACUGCCUUCAUCGAAAGAAACUUCAAAAACCAAGAAGGUUCCAUAUGCAGAUCUUCCAACCAAAGCAACCAAAGUCCUGCACAACAUCUCCUCCCCCAAAGUCUCUCCAAACCUGGAUGGACUGCUUGAGGGAGCACCUACUAGUUUGCCCUCCAUUGAACCUGAAAAUCUUGGAACGGUCCCCUCUAUAUCGCCUGGCGAGGUGCAGCCCCCCACCCCGCACCCUGGACCACAACAUACAGUCUUACCCACUGCAAACUCAAACGCAAUGGAGCCGAGAGCUUCUGUCAAUGGAUCUAAGAACAGACCUUCACCUACCACUCACCAGAGAGCUAACGACGCCAAGACAAUCAAAGUGAAGCUUAAUGAAGACGAGUCGGGGGUCAGACCUGUGGGUCCAGCAGUGAGAGGGAAGUUAAAGCCAGCUUUCCCGGGCAGGAACGGGACCAGAUUGAAAAUCGACAGGACCUCCCUGCCGAAAAAGAUUCUUGGAGUUCCCAAACCUGUUCUAAAGAAGCCAUCUCCAGUUGCAUCUAGAACCAAGCCAGACAAAGUCCUGCCACCUCUAGAGAAUUCUCCAACUGCCAAAGGUAUACCUACAGCUUCAACCCAAGUUGUUAAGAAACAGUCUCCAGAUUCAACCCAACCCAAACCUGAGAAAGUCUUGACGCUUCUAGAUCAAUCUCAAUCCACCACAAUUAUUCCUACAACUCUGAAGGUGAAGACCAAGGAAGGGUUUGUUUCUCUGACCACCAAAACAGACAACCCUCACUCUACCGAAAUUGUUCAUCCAACUUUAAAUCCCAUUAAGCAGCAAUCUCCAGAAGCAUCUGCGGUCCAGCCUACCUCCAAAUCUAGACCCACUAUCCAUGGGAUCUUCAUACAUGUGGGACCAUCGAUAGGAGACAACCAGACCAAGGAGAAGAUGGCCCAGGAUGUCACCAGAUUCAUCAACAGGGCACCAAAGAGGAAUCUACCCUCUGCCUUACCCAAAGAUGCCAGCACUGACACUAUCAUAAGAGGGCACCAAACACACCAGGGAACUAGGGUGGUGGAUUUGUGGUCACGCAAACCCAAAAUCGGGGCACCUGCUCCCCAAAAUGGACGGCAAACCAUCACAGAGCCGAAAGGGGAGCCUUUACAGGGCCCCCCAGGGGAUGACAGGGGGCCACAAGACGUCAGGGUCAGAAACGCUACCUCUCGGAGCAUGCUGGUGUCCUGGGUAGCACAGAAGGGAGAGUUCACUCAUUUCGUGGUGAUGCACAAGGAAUUCGGGGCCCAGAGUCUCCCUGUUAAGAGAGUCCUGUCUGGGGAGGCACGCUCUGCCCUCAUUGGGGGUCUCAAGCCCGCCACACGGUACACCCUGUCUGUGUUUGGGACGUCCCAUGGACAGAGGUCCAGGAUCGAGAGGCUCACAGCCCUCACAGCUCCACCCAAUGUAGAAAAUGCAUUGCCCACGAUUACACAGAUCGACCAGUCACAGGAAGAGGAGGAGGAGGAGGGAGAGGGGGAGGGGCCAAGGCCAGGCUUGGGUAACGGACGUGCUCCAGGCCCUGAUGUCCCACAAGAGAUCUCCUUCAGCAACAUCACUGACACCACCGUCGGGGUCACCUGGAGGCUCCCUUCAGCCCCAGUGGACAGCUUCAAGAUCACCUACACUCACUCACAGGAAGGGGAGCCCCACAGUGUUACUGUCGAGGGCAGGAAGUCGCGGGUCACGCUGAGCAGACUGGUUCCGGGGUCACGGUACGAGGUCAGCGUGAUGUCUGUCAGGGGAAUGGACGAGAGUGAGCCAAUCACAGGAGUCGUCAUGACAGUGCCGGACGCUCCCACAGAUCUGCGUGCUGUCAAUGUGACAGACUCAAUGGCGCUGUUGCUAUGGAGACCGGCGCUGGCCACAGUGGACCGUUACAUCAUUGCAUACAACGCCCAAGGCGUCCCAGAGAUGACCGUGACGAGGUCUGGCAACGUAGCCGAACUGCAGCUGAAGGGGUUAAAGGUCAACACUCUGUACAGAGUGACAGUGACCAGUGAGCGGGAAGGAGUGACCAGCGCUCCGGCCAGCACCACGUUUACCACCACAGCCGUAUCGAGAGGGGAGGGGCCUCGUGACCUCACAGCCAGUCAGGUGACCCCUCGCUCUGCCACCCUGCAGUGGAGGCCCCCCCGGAGUGCAGUGACGGGGUACAUCCUGACAGUGCAGGGUGCAGCCGGGGAGAUCAUCAAGGAAGUGACCCUUGACCCCGGUGUGAGCAGUCACAGGCUGGACAGACUGGUCCCAGCAACGCGCUACACUGUGAGCGUGAUGGGAGUGAGGGGGGGUGAGAGGACUGCGGCCAUCACAACUGCAUUCACUACCGGUGUGCUUCGAUUCCCCCACCCUGUCGAUUGCUCUCAGGAGCUGCUGAACGGAAUGCGGGAGUCGGGAGAGACCACAGUGUACCUGGGGGGGAGCAGGGAGACACCACUACAGGUCUACUGUGACAUGGAGACUGAUGGGGGAGGCUGGACUGUUUUCCAAAGAAGGAUGAAUGGUAAAACCAAUUUCUAUCGGCGCUGGAAGGAGUACAAGGCUGGCUUUGGGAAUGUGAGCGAGGAGUUCUGGCUGGGCAAUGAGAACCUGCACAGCCUCACAACUCACAACCCCCAGAGCCUGAGAGUGGAUCUGAGGGCAGGGAACGAUACGGCACACGCUGUUUACAAGACCUUCAGAGUCGACUCUGAGAAGAAACACUACACCCUGCACAUCGCAGGCUACAGCGGAAACGCUGGUGACUCUCUCCGUUACCAUGACGACCGCCCGUUCUCAACCAAGGACCACGACCCCAAGCCCUUCUUCACCCGCUGUGCCAUCUCCUACAAGGGGGGCUGGUGGUACAAGAACUGCCACCGGGUCAACCUGAACGGGCUGUACGCAAACAACAAGGACCACCAGGGAGUGAACUGGUUUGACUGGAAAGGUUUGGAUUACUCCAUCCCCUUCAGUGAAAUGAAGAUGAGACCCGCCAACUUCCAGCCAGCGAGGAGGAGCGUGUAGUCACCACCCUGCCUCAGCCUCCCUCCCUCGCAAUAGAGACUAUCCUGCCUCAGCCUUCCUCCCUCGCAAUAGAGACUAUCCUGCCUCAGCCUCCCUCCCUCGCAAUAGAGACUAUCCUGCCUCAGCCUUCCUCCCUCGCAAUAGAGACCAUCCUAACAGAGCUUCCCUCUCUCGCAAUAGAGACUAUCCUGCCUCAGCCUCCCUUCUUCACAACAGAAACGAUGAAGCCCCUCUCAGCCAAUCAAAACGCCACAUUUCACAACAUUCCAGUAUUUUAAGUGUGCACAGUAGCCUAGCAACUGACAGCCAUUAAUUAAGCGUUCUUUACUUUCAGUUAAUAGUCCAGUUGACCCUGUCUUUCCCUAGGUAUAGCUGAACCAGGAAGUAGUCGUGUGACAGUAAAGGUCACGUUGUUAAAACCCUCCAGCUACACCUCGCCCAGACCGGCCAGCUCAGCUAGACCUGGAGAAGGCAGUGGAAAUGAGGCAAGACUUUCUUCUCAUUUGAUCUUGACGGGCCUCAUGAGAAGACACUCCUAUCUCGUUUCUAUGACACUGUGACACUGCAGUGCCAGUGAGUGUCUCACCCCGGAGGUCAUUCUUAUCGUUAUGUUAAGCAGCAGUUCCUGAAUACAGUCCCAGUCAUUUGUGAUUUUUAAUAAUUAAUGUGUGGCAUGUGGUGAUGUCUUAUUAUAACAGGAAUCAUUUCACACAGUUUGAGAAACUCAGCUUCAUUUUUUUUGUAAAGGGUACCCUCCCGGUAUAUUUCUAUUGUAAAAAAAAAAAAGUAAUCUCCCCUAGGCAGCUGAAACAGAUUGGCAGGUGUGACAGCCACUGUUUACAGAGAUAAAGAGGUGAGGGAGUGGCUAAUACUGGAUGUGGGCGUGGUUUGCUGUUUUAAAUGUGUUUUAUAUACAGAGGGGCGGGGCUUCUAAUUGUACAGCACAGCACUUGUUCAAAAAGCUUACAUUUUGUAUUAUAUAAAUGUCUUUAUAUAUAAAUAUAUUAUAUAUAUAUAUAAGUAUUAAGUUGUGUUUUUUGUAAAUGCUGGUGUGUAUUUUAUUGUACACCUCUAUUGAUAAAUGCAGCAAAGCCUUAAAGACAUUGUAAAAUGAAUUGAGAAAUGUUUUGACCAGAAGUCUUUCUCAAUGUCUUCAAUUGAAGACAAUACAAAGUUACAUUUUUAUAGCGCGUUUCAUCUAAGCAUCACAGAACGCUUUGCAAUAUAUAUAUAUAUAUAUAUAUAUAUAUAUAUAAUAUAUAUAUAUAUAUAUACUGGCAAGCCACUUUAGCAUUGGGACAGUGUUGGCCCUGAUCACAGUCUUGACAUGGCCUAGACGCCACGAGGUGCUGGAAGGUGACAAAUGGGACCCAUUCAGUCAUAUUUAGUGCAGAGAGGCAGGCAGAUGAUUGAAGUUCAUCCCAUCCAUGCUCGGCUGGAUUGAGAUCACUGUGGUGGCCGUGCACGAUGCCUGAAGUCUCUCUGUCUCGCGCCUCACUGGCAGUAUCAGGGUUCAACAUUCCUGAGUAAUCAAGGGACCCAGGGUGUACCAGGAGAACAGGACACUAUUUGAAUCAGGGACAGUGUCAGAAUCUGUCUCAUUGGAGUUCGAUUGAUUCUGGUUGGAGUUCUUAUAUGUUUCUUAAUGUUGCUAAUAUGUAUUCUGCAUCCUUACCAGCUGCCUGCUUUAUUUUUUUAAUUUUGGAGGAGAUGCUGAAGCAGUUUUUCUCUCUAUAUGUUAUUUUUCGGUUUGGUGUUAAUGUCACACACACUGGGUCCUUUGGUUGCGCGUUGUUAGCGUGUUGUUCUCUUGGUAUCACGUGUGUUUCUUUUUCAGAUGGACAGGUGGCAUCAUACCUCCCUUUAAAACCAGGCCAACUGUGUGUCUGCCUGUUUGUCUGUGUGUCUAAAAAAAAUAAACAAAAAUAACUCCCUUAACUAUUCCGAGAAGUGUGUCUGCCUAUCUCUCUCUCUCUGUCUCUGUCUGUCUGUCUGUCUCUCUGUGUAUCUGUUUGUCUGUCUGUCUGUGUCUCUCUAUCUGUUUGUCUGUCUGUCUGUAUCUCUCUCUGUCUGUGUGUCUGUGUUCUCUUACCCCAUUGGCUGGACCAUAGUGACACAUGAACAGGAAGUUAAUUGUGAGGUGUGACGUCCCCUUCCUAUCUGGCAGUAUCAGGUCACUGUUUUGUGUGUCUGGUAUAUUUACAUUGAUAUCUAUAAAUGCAUAUAUGCAGAAACGUAAUUGGGGAAACAGAUCCCAGCUGUAGGUUUAUAUAAUAAAACAUCUCCAUACUC